AAAUCUGCAAAAUUCAACUGAAACAAACGACAAAAAGAUACGCACACACAAACACUAGUGAUUUUGGGCGACCAUUGAAACACGUCACAGCCAAUAUUUAUGCUCCAUUGAUAUGCAAUUGAUUUACUGAGUUAAUGUAAAGUCGCAGAAUCGGCGAUUCUUGAUCACUUUGUUGGAGCCAUGGAGAAAUUGAUGGCGAGAGACGCAGCCGGCAGCGACCUCCUCUCCGCAUUGCGGCCGAGUCGACUCAAUCUCAACCUCGUUCGCUGCUGCUUUCAGGUCGUAAAGUCGUCUCCGUUAAUCCCCGCCAGAAUUCGCUCCCGGCUUUUCACCAAUAAAGUGCGAGCUUCUUCGGCUACCGCCAUCCCUACAAAGCCCGAACCUAUUAUUGAUGAGUCCAGUUUGAAUAUUCGGAAAGAUAUUCUAGCUUGUCCCAUUUGCUAUGAGAGGGUUUCUUGGAAUGGAGGCGUUGAUCUAUCUUUGGAGGCUGUAGCUCGUUCAACUCUGGAGUGCAGCUGUUGCAGGAAAUCCUACACUGGAAAGGAUUCUCAUCUAGAUCUGACAGUAACAGGUGGUAACAAGGUGUAUGGCGAACCUAUGGCUGCGUCUACUGAGCUUUUCAGGUUUCCUUUGGUAUCAUUCCUCUAUGAACGAGGUUGGAGGCAAAGUUUUACAGUGUGGGGCGGUUUUCCUGGUCCGGAACAGGAGUUUGAAUUGAUAAAGGAGUACCUCAAACCAGUCUUAGGGGGAACUAUUGUUGAUGCGAGUUGUGGAAGUGGUAUGUUUUCACGGCUUUUUGUGAAAAGUGGACUGUUUUCCCUUGUUGUUGCUUUGGACUACUCUGAGUCAAUGUUACGUCAGUGUUAUGACUUCAUUAAGCAGGAGGAUAACUUCCCUCAAGAGAAAUUAGUUCUCGUUAGAGCUGAUAUCUCAAGGCUUCCAUUUGCAUCGGGUAGUAUAGAAGCUGUUCAUGCUGGUGCUGCAUUGCACUGCUGGCCUUCACCAUCUGCAGCAGUAGCAGAAAUAAGUCGUGUGCUGAAACCCGGAGGCAUGUUCGUUGCUACCACUUACAUCAUGGAUGGUCUCUUCUCUUACUUCCCACUAAGCAGACCUGUGCGACAGGGUGUGGCGCAGCUUUCGGGCAGCCACGUGUUUUUAUCCGAGAAGGAACUCGAAGAUCUAUGCGCAUCUUGUGGGCUUAUCAACUUCACGUGCACGAGAAAUAGGCUCUUCGUGAUGAUCACAGCCACGAAACCUGUGUAAGCAAGUUUGUAUAUUUGAUACAACGUUGGACAUUGAAUUCCAAAAUGAUUGAUUGAUUGUACAGUUGAAGAAGCCGGUCAGUGUAAGCUGCCUAUAUUGUGGUGUUGAUUCUUCAGAUAAAUUCUAUGUUAUUUUCUGAAUUGAAACCUUGUCAUAUUUCCAGUUGUAAGCUUUUGUUUCGUUUUCUUUUUAUUUAUCUUCAUAGACCUCUAAAUCAUGAUAUUGUCAUCGUGAUCAUUUAUCUCAGCUAUAUUGUUAUAGAAACAUCGGAAACUCUUGAUUUUAGUGUUAUAUAUGAUGAUUCUGUUGUCUCA